GGUCAACGCCCCGACUGUACCUACUUUCACCGACCGAUGGGUAAACCUUUGAGUUUGGUAGCGGAGCUGCAGCGCAGCACCGGCUCCAGCCUCCAGCUCUUCCACCGGGCACUGCGCGGCGCCAUACACCAUCUGUUCCACUGACAGGGCGUGAGGCACAGUGCGAAGGUGUUGCUCCUGGGAGCGGCGCCGGCACCGAGUGACCGCCUCGUCAACAGAGUUGAAAACAUCGGCAGAGCUUUUGCUCCGACCGCGAUCGAAGACAACUACUGGAGUGAUAAGCUAAGCGAAUUCCAUUUCCUCCAGCCGAAGCCGCGUCCAUUCCGGACGGGUGGCCGAAGUGGGGCGACAGGCCGCCCACUGUGCUACCCUAGAGGCAGCUCGGGGGAGAAGAGGGGGAGCGAGGAGGAGGAGGCGAGAGCGGGACAUGAGAGGAAGAGGCUCGGGAGAGCCGUCUGCCGCAGGCAGACCGCACCCUCGGCCGCUUCGCGGCGAGGGCCGCGGCCGACGCGCACGGGAGGGGCCGAGCGCAUGCCAACCGCAGCAGCCCAGCGCGUGGUGCCACCGGCGGGCCGGCCUCUGCGGAAGCUCCGGCGCGACGUGGCGCCACCUAUUCUGGGGCACCCUCGGCCGCCCGCGCGGGCGGGCGCGGCGCGCGGCCGAGGGGCCGCCUCAGAGCCCCAGCGUGCCCCCGGAGGAGGUUCCCGGGCGCCUGGGCCGCUCUCGUGGCCCUGGGUGAGGGCGGGGAGCGCGCUGCCGCCGGGCAGGCCGUGAGCGAUGCUGCGGCUGAGGUGGAGGACGCCCACCUGCUGGACCAGGUGCUCGACCUAGAACGAGGCCCCGCUGCCGAUGUCCGCCAGGCGGUAGAUCCACGGUGGUAUGCUGCCCACCCCGAGCCUGCCGCACAGGUCGUCGGCGAAGUGGCAACAGUUCCUCUUCAGGAGGCUGUAGCCAGUGCCUGGGUACUCCGCGGCCAUGCAGCGGAUCACGUCGUGCAUGCUCUCUUCGAACCUCGGCCCUCGAGAGCGUCGUGCUGCGCAUGACAACCGUCUCCCUGAAGUGGUGAUCGCGGUGGGUGCCAGGGUGCACAGCGGCCACGCCCGUGCCGGCGAGGCAGUGGCCGAACAUGAAUUCCUUGUCGAAGAGCUCGACGCCAACGUGGAAGAGGCCGCCGAAUUUGAAAGGGGAGAGCCUGUGGGCGAGGACGGAGUUCAGCCACUGGACGCACUGGUGCUGGGACACGUCGUAAAUGUUGAGCCCACCGUCGCCCCCGCCUCGAGGAGCGCGCGCGGCGGCGCACAGGGCGGUGCGCACGGCGACGCGCGCGGCGACUGCUGCGGCCUCCCGCGGGGCGACGCGAGCGUGGGCGUGGCCGCCGGCGCGGCCGCCCGGGGCCCCUCCUCCGCCUCGCCGUCGUCGUCCGCACUGGGGCGCGGUCCUUGAUGUUGCUGUCCAGGUAAUUGUAAGUGCGCUCGUCCCCCAAAGUCGAGCCUGGCAGAUGGACGGCAUCGGCGCCGCCAGCCGCGGUGAUCAGGCAGUAGGCAGUAGAGCACGAGCGCGGCGAAGACCAUCCAGCGUGGGGUCGGCGCAGCUCGAGGAAUAACGCGGUGAUCUUGAAGUAAUAGCCCUUGAAGAACCUGUGUCACACGGCACGGCAGUGGAGCCGACGGCAUCGAAGCAGGCAGCGAGAGGAAGUCAUUGCGGCAGUGGCGAGGAACAGCUACCUGCUACGCGAUCAACUAAAAGUCAAGGACUCGGAUACGAGAGCACUGUUUUACGGUGCCAAAAACCGAACGAUGUGAGUCAAACGCGAACGACACGGGCACGAACGCUUGGCCAACUUUCGUGCCCCCGAUCCAAGCGGCAGCGGUGGUGAGAGACGAUUACAAUACAAGAGCAAGAGACAGUACAAUACAGUGACCUACCGCUCGAA